AUGGCACAUCAGUUGCACAGAGAUACCACUUUGGGAAACAGUCUUCAGGAGAGCCUCAAUGAGCUCAUACAAUCUCAACAGAUCACCCCCCAACUUGCCCUUCAAGUUUUACUUCAGUUUGAUAAGGCUAUAUAUUCAGUGUUGGUACAGAAGGUCGGGAACAGAGUCAAUUCCAGGCCUAUGUAUGGCUCUCUAAAUACGUACAGAUUCUGUGAUAAUGUAUGGACUUUUGUAUUGAAUGAUGUUGAAUUCAGAGAGGUGACAGAACUUGAUAAGGUGAAAAUUGUAGCCUCCUGUGAUGGUAAAAACACUGGCUCCAAUACUACGGAAUGA